AUGAAGGCAAAAUAUAUACGUCCAAGAAAAAUUCAAUCUCAUGUUAUUCCGUAUUUACUUGAUGGUUUCGAUUUAAAAGGUCAUUCUGAGACUGGAAGUGGAAAGACAGGAGCUUUUGCAAUACCCAUUAUUCAAUUUAAACGUGAACUUCCUGGACCUGUUCCUCUUGCAGUCAUUAUAGAACCAACACGUGAACUUUGUGUUCAAGUGUAUGAUCAAUUUCGAAAAUUUGCUAACGGCACUUUCAUAAGAGUUUGCAAAGUAUAUGGAGAGACAUCUAUGCAAGAUUCAAUUGCACAAAUUACGAAAGGCUGUGAUAUUCUUAUUGCCACGCCUGGAAGAAUUAAACAUUUUAUUGUAAAAGCCAAUUUUGUUGACAUUUCAAAAUUGAAAUUUUUUGUUUUGGAUGAAGUUGAUCAUAUGUUAAAUACAGAGUUUUUGGAGGAUAUUCGAGCACUUAUUGAAUUUCCUCGUUUUCCAACGAAAAGUAACAGACAAUGUCUUCUAUUUUCUGCGACGUUCCCGCCUGAUAUUCAGCAAUUGGCUUCAGAAUUGCUUCGAGAUAACUUCGUUUUUGCAUCAAACAAAAAACCUGUCUCGCCUAAUUCUAAGAUUGUCCAAAACUUUUAUCAAGUUGAAACAAACCACAAGGGAGAAUUUCUUUUGGAAUUAUUAAAAAAAGAAUUGGAUGGGGAUGGAAUGAAAAAUUGCAAUGACCGUACUCAGUCUGAACGAGAAGUUGCUUUGCGAAAAUUUGAAAAAGGAGAAAUUGAUGUUCUCGUCGCAACAGACGUACUUGCGCGUGGAAUUGAUAUUAAAAAUUUGAAUCAUGUAAUUAAUUUUGAUCUCCCGGAUGAUGAUGUUACUUAUGUGCACCGGAUUGGACGCACUGGACGUUUGGGAAUUGGAUAUGCGACAAGUUUGGUAGAUCCAAAGGUCGACGCUUCUCUUAUUCCAAAGCUCGUCGAUGUAAUUUUUAAUUUUUUUAAAUUAAAUUAUUUUUAUCUAAAUUUUCGUUUUGGCUUCUCAUGGAAUCUGACAUUGAAUUCCCUGCGUUUAUGA